AUGUCGUUCCAAAGGGCCUGGCUCCCGGCCCUGGCGCUAGCCCUUCGACUCGCCCUCGGCGACGAGUCCUGCCCCGCCGGCGACGCGUCCUGCGCGACGAGGGCGCCGAUCCAGUGUGUGCGGUGGCGGCAGACAGCGGGCUGCGAUCCCAAGGGCACCAGGGAGAAGAGCGGAGACAAGGACUGCGAGGAGGAGAUCGGCAUCGGCAGCAGCGGCUACUGCCAGUGCAGCGACGGCAGCGAGAAGCUCCGCGCGCGCAGCGUGAGCUGCGACCACCGCCCCUUCCGCUGUGCCACGGAAUGCCUCCAAGCUGCUCGCUACAAGUGCAUCAUGUGGCGCCAGACGGGUGGCUGCAGCGCGGACGGCGCCCGCGAGCCCGGUCGAGACCAGCCCUGCCGCGCGCUGAUCGACAGCCGCUCGAGCGGAUACUGCGAGUGUGGCGGUGGACGAGUCAUCCGGAAGCCAGGGUGCACACAUGGAGAAUGGGCGGAGCCCUUCACCUGCCAGGAUGAGUGCGGGAACGAGGCCUCGUUGUAUGAGGAGCUGGGCGUGGAUGAGGGCGCCUCCGACAAGGAGAUCAAGCAGGCUUUCCGGAAGCUUUCCUUAGUUCAUCACCCUGACAAGACACGGAAUGACCCGGUCCUCACGGCACGCUUCGCGCAGAUCCGCGAGGCGUACGACAUCCUGGGAGAUGAGGGUCAACGAGCCAUCUACGACUCCGCAGGUCUCCAGAUGCUCUACCAGUUCCUUGGGAACAAGGCAGAGAAAGCGCCCUCCACGACCUCUGAGGUCACCGUGACCCUGGAGCAGAUGUACAACGGCCAGGAGCUGCAAGCGGCGGUGCCCCGCGUCCUCGUGUGCCGCGGCUGCGCGGAGGCCGCCGCCCGUGGUGUGGCCUCGGAGCGGUGUCGCAAGUGCCAGACGCGCUGCGCGGAUGAGUUCGAGAUGAGACAGGUGAGGAUGGGGAAUAUGAUCAUGCAACAGCAGGUCCAAGUCCCUUCCAAAGAGAAGUGCCGUACCCAGCAGCAUUUGUUGACCAUCGCCGUGGAGCGGGGCGCCUCUGCGGGAGACACGGUCAUCUUUGCCCACCGUGGCGGGCAGCAGCCCAAGAAGGUGCCUGGAGAUGUGAUCGUGAAAUUUGUGGAGGCCAAGCAUGCCGCUGAACACUUUACUUCCGGCAAGUUGUUUUCUUUUUCUUCCAGACUUUCUUCAGGCACUCAUCGACCAGUUUUUCGGGUGUGUCACUAUGACUUUCCUCGAAAAGGAGUCCUUUUGCUUCACCAAAUGUGUGUGAUGGGUGACAAGAGUGAAGAAACGAAGCACAGUGUCCAUUCUAAGGCCGUUUUCAGACGGGCCGGCUUUGAUUUGCACACCGAGGUGACGCUGUCACUGCGGGAGGCUCUGCUGGGCUUCGAACGGAGCAUCGUCCACCUGGAUGGGCGAAGGCUCCAGGUGGCCUUCGACGGCGUCACGAAGCCCUUUGCGGUGAUGAAGGUCACUGGGGAAGGCAUGCCCCACAAGGAUCCCACUGACCGGGGGGGAUUUGUACAUCAAGUGCAAGAUCCAGAUGCCGGAAGAUGGACGACAGUGGCUGAAAGAGAUGACGAGCUAAGUGCUGAGCAUAGCGCAUAG